AUGGAAUGUCCGCAACCUUCAAGCGUUCGUCCAGCAUUUCGCGUCUUCCAGUUGCCAGAUCUGGCUAACACUUCGAAUAAGCAAACCCUCGACUUCGAAGACCUGAACCAUGCCAGACAACCACCAAUUUCCUCAACCCAGCUGUCUGGAUUAUAUAGGAGACUAGAAGAGCCCGCAGUACGAUCCCAACGUCGUCAUACUUCACCAUAUCCGACUGGUGCCCCAUUUGGAGUCUCCUCGUCCGAUUCGGGACAAGCAGAUGAACGAUCCGUCCCACUUUGGGACCAUGUCAGUACUGACAUCGGCUCUACAAUCUCAUAUCACUGGGCACAACAUCAAAGGAUCACCUCGGGAACUUUGCGCCGAUAUCCGACUCGUCGGAUAAAACUGGUGCAAAGGACAGUUUUGAGCGUUGAUUACCCAGUUCCAAGUGCAAUACGGAACGCGGUCCAGCCAAAAUAUCGAGAUCUAGAAGGCAAUCCUACUGCGGAAUUUACUCACAUGCGAUACACAGCGGCCACUUGUGAUCCUGAUGAGUUCACGUUGCAACGUGGAUACAAUCUUCGCCCCUCUAUGUAUAACAGACACACCGAGAUAGUUAUCGCGAUCACCUAUUACAACGAGGAUAAAGUUCUUACCGCUCGGACAUUGCAUAGUGUCAUGCAAAACGUUAGAGAUAUCGUCAGUUUAAAGAGGACCGAGUUCUGGGAUAAAGGGGGUCCAGCGUGGCAAAAGAUCGUUGUAUGCCUUGUUUUUGACGGUAUCAAACCAUGCGAUAAAGAGACACUAGACCUUCUUGCGACUGUGGGAAUUUACCAGGAUGGUGUCAUGAAACAAGAUGUCGAUGGCCGAGAGACAGUGGCUCAUAUUUUCGAGUAUACCACUCAGCUCUCGGUCACACCAACGCAGCAAUUGAUUCGACCAUCGGGUGAUGAGCCUACCAAUCUUCCACCGGUACAGAUGAUCUUCUGCCUCAAACAGAAAAACAGCAAAAAGAUUAACUCCCACCGUUGGCUUUUCCAUGCGUUUGGGCGUAUUCUGAACCCCGAGGCCUUUUAUAACGACAAGGACCUCGGUGGGGCAUGUGGUGAGAUUCAUGCAUUACUUGGCCACGGUUGGAGAAACGUCUUGAAUCCCCUAGUAGCGGCACAGAACUUUGAAUAUAAGAUCUCUAAUAUUCUCGAUAAACCACUCGAGAGCAGUUUCGGCUACGUUAGUGUUCUUCCAGGAGCAUUCUCUGCUUAUCGCUACAGAGCUAUCGUUGGCAAGCCCUUGGAGCAGUACUUCCACGGCGAUCACACGCUAUCCAAGAGGCUUGGCAAGAAAGGAAUUGAAGGCAUGAACAUCUUCAAGAAAAACAUGUUUUUAGCGGAGGAUCGUAUCCUAUGCUUUGAACUUGUGGCAAAGGCUGGCUGCCAAUGGCGCUUGAGCUAUGUAAAAGCUUCAAAAGGAGAGACUGAUGUGCCCGAAGGCUUAGCAGAGUUCCUAAGCCAGAGACGCCGCUGGCUGAAUGGCUCUUUUGCGGCGAGCCUUUAUGCAACAAUCCAUUUUGGACGGAUCUAUAAGAGUGGGCAUAAUCCAAUUCGCCUGUUCCUCUUCCACAUCCAACUAAUUUAUAAUAUUGCUCAACUUGUCAUGACAUGGUUUUCACUUGCAUCAUACUGGCUCACUACCUCCGUCAUCAUGGAUAUUGUUGGGGUACCGAGCGCCGUGAAUCACUUCAAGAGUUGGCCGCUUGGCAGCGAAGUGUCGCCAAUCCUGAACAACUUCCUCAAGAUCGGCUACUUGGCGACUCUCUUGCUUCAAUUUAUACUGGCACUUGGAAAUCGACCGAAAGGAUCAAAAAUCCCAUACACACUUUCUCUAACCUACUUCUCUAUUGUUCAAGGCUAUAUCCUUGUUUUAACCUUCUAUCUGGUUGCACAGGCAUUAGCCGGCAAAAAUUUGACAUUCGACACACAUCUCGGUAUCGUUACAUUCAUCGGCACCUUCAUCGGUUCAACGGGUGGAAUCGUUCUAGUCGCCUUGAUCUCCACGUACGGCAUCUACUUCCUUGCCAGUUUUCUCUACCUUGAUCCAUGGCAUAUGUUUACAUCAUUAUGGGCGUAUGUACUGGGUAUGCCUUCGUCGAUUAACAUACUGAUGGUGUACGCAUUCUGUAAUUGGCAUGAUGUGUCAUGGGGAACCAAAGGUUCUGAUAAAGCCGAGACGCUCCCGUCGGUGCAGACAAAGUCAAAUGAUCAACAGACAUUUUUUGAAGAGCUAGAAAAGCCCCAGGAGGAUAUCGAUACCCUAUUUGAGCAAACGGUCAAACGGGCCUUGACGCCAUACCGACCUCCUAAUGAAAAAGAGGAGGCCAGUUUGGAUGAUUCCUACAAAGCCUUCCGAACUAAUUUGGUGCUCCUGUGGGCAUUCAGCAAUGGCCUCCUGGCGUAUUGCAUCAAUAAUGCCGGUCUAGAUCAGCUUUGCUUCACGACAACGUCGACGCCUCGCACGGCAAUGUAUUUCAGAAUUAUUCUUUGGGCAACUUCAGGGCUCUCUAUCUUCCGCUUCUGUGGCGCUGUUUGGUUUUUGGGGAAGUUCAUGAAAGUAUCUGCCUCUCGUCUUCCCGAAGUCAAACGUGUUCGGGCUGUAGCCCAGGCGGGUUUCCACCAUAAGGCCAACAUCGAAAAACCUCCUAUAAGAAGCGCACUAGAGGUCGAAUAG